AUGUCGGCAGUCCGCUUUACCAGGGCGGCGAGGCCUAUCGGCCGAUCCGUGGCCACCCCGAAUAACACCCGUCGCGCUGCCGUCAGGCAAAGUUUCACGACUUCAUCCAUCCGACGCGGCCCCGCCGGCAACAGCCAAGGCAGCCGAGCUGCUUCAACAUGGUCACUGCCCAGCGUCUUUGCUGUUGCCGCAGCGGCCGGCUUGCUUGGCUGGGGCGCCUCGGAGCUCCAGCAUCAGGGUUUUCCCGGUGCCGUUUUGCUUGACGGCACGUUUCCGGCUCCCCGAUAUGCAAGCAUGCAUGAAAUGGAGCAGGCUCUGAAGGAGAUCCGCCAGGAGAUACAGGGCGAGGAUAUCAUCUCCACCGACCCGGAAGACCUACACGCGCAUGGAUAUUCGGAGUGGUCAACAACCAAUCCAGAAGGAUUACCUGUCGCAGUAGCGUAUCCACGCUCAACGGAGCAGGUGUCGGCCAUUGCACGCAUCUGUCACAAGUACCGCGUGCCAAUCAUCCCCUAUUCGGGCGGCUCCAGCCUGGAAGGGAACUUCUCUGCCCCCUUCGGCGGCAUCAGCGUUGAUUUCGCCUACAUGGACAAGAUUGUCCAAUUCAACAAGGAGGACAUGGACGUUGUGGUGCAACCGAGCAUUGGAUGGCAGGACCUGAACGAGCAGCUUGCCAAGAUGGGCAGCGGGCUCUUCUUCCCCAUCGACCCUGGCCCGAGCGCCAAGAUUGGUGGCAUGAUUGGAACAAACUGCUCGGGCACCAAUGCAGUCAAGUAUGGGACGAUGAAGGACUGGGUCAUCAAUCUCACCGUGGUGCUGGCCGACGGGACUGUCAUCAAGACGAGGCGGCGGCCGCGCAAGUCCUCGGCUGGCUAUAACCUCAACGGCUUGUUUGUUGGCUCGGAAGGUACCCUUGGUCUGGUGACCGAGGCAACCCUGAAGCUGGCCGUCGUCCCGGAGGAAUUCUCGGUUGCGGUUGUGACUUUCCCGUCGAUCCGAGACGCUGCGUCCGCCGCCGCCGAGGUGAUGCAGGCCGGCAUUCCCGUGGCCGCGAUGGAGAUCAUGGACGAAGUCCAGAUGAAAGUCGUCAACCUGGGCGGUGCGACCGCCCCACGGGUCUGGAAGGAGAUGCCCACGCUGUUCUUCAAAUUUUCCGGCACGAAAGUCAGCGUAAAGGAGAACAUAGAGUCCGUGCAGAAGAUCACCAAGGCCAACAGGGGGAGCAACUUUGAGUUUGCCAAGGACGCCCGGGAACAAAAGCUUCUCUGGUCUGCUCGGAAAGAAUCGCUGUGGUCGAUGCUCGCGUUGCGCAAGGACGGAGAGGAAGUCUGGAGUACCGAUGUCGCGGUGCCAUUCAGCAGGCUUGCCGACAUCAUCGAGGUGAGCAAAAAGGAGAUGGACGACUUGGGCCUGUUUGCCAGCAUUCUGGGCCACAUUGGAGAUGGCAACUUCCACGAGAGCAUCAUCUACAACCGGCAAGACCCUGCCGAGAGGGAGAAGGUCGAAGCCUGUGUCAAGAAUAUGGUCAAACGAGCGCUGGAAAUGGAGGGCACCUGCACUGGCGAGCACUCCAUCGGCUGGGGCAAGAAGGAGUCGCUUGUGUGGGAGGUCGGCCACGAUACACUGGGUGUGAUGAAAGCCAUCAAGUCUGCACUUGAUCCGAACUGGAUUAUGAAUCCUGGGAAGAUCUUUGACAGGCAGGGUCAAGCGAAAGGGGCUGGUUCCCGCAUUUAA